AUUCCACAAACCCCACAUAGUCAUAUAAAUAUAGAAACAUAUACAGUUAUUAGCUCGUAAAAAAUCAGAAGAAGAACAAAAGAAAGAGAAAAAAAUAAAAUAAAGAAAGAAACAACAAUAAGAAGAAUGGGAAAAGCAAGAUUAGUAGGAAUUGGAAUGGAUUAUUCAGCAACAAGCAAAGCAGCAUUAAAAUGGGCAAUUGAUAAUCUUAUAGAAGAAGGUGAUCAGAUUAUCAUUAUUCAUGUUGCUUCUCCUAAAGCUGAUCCUACUAAUAAGCAACUCUUUGAAGACACUGGUUCCCCUUUGAUACCUUUAGACGAAUUUAGAGAGAUUAACGUGUCUAAGCAUUAUGGACUAAACCCUGAUAAAGAGGUUCUUAAUAUGCUUGACACUGUUUCCAAGGUUAAGAAGGUGACAGUGGUGGCAAAGGUGUAUUGGGGAGAUGCGAGGGAGAAACUUUGUGAUGCUGUGGAACAUCUCAAGCUUGAUACUCUUGUGGUUGGAAGUAGAGGUUUAGGAGUCCUUAAAAGGGUGUUACUUCGAAGUGUGAGCAAGUACGUGGUGCAAAAUGCAUCUUGUCCCGUUACAGUUGUGAAGGGCAGUUCUCUCUCCUGUUUGUCCGGAAUCUGUCGGAAAUAAUUUCUCUUAACUUUAUAUAAGAAUAAAAAUAAAAUUUGUAUACGCACUAUUAUUCUCAAACUCCACUUGAAAUUAUAUUAAAUAUAUUAUUGUGAUAGUACUUUACCACUGUUUGCUUUUUGUGUAUUUUGUUGGGUUGUGAAUCACAUACUUAGAUAUUAUGUGGUUUUUUGUUUGAGAGUGGUGAAUGAGAUGGUUGUGGGGCAAUAUCAUAUUUCAAGAUUGUAUAAUUUUGAUGCUUUCUAUUUUCCUUUAUUGUUGUCAAAUCA